AUGGGUGCUCUUUGGGAGGUGUCGGUGCCUGGGGACAUUGAAGGGACAGCUCAGCGUGCUACGAAGCAGCAAGGCAGUGGGAAAGGAGGAGCAGGACGGUGCCUACAGUGUUUGGUGCAGUUUCUCAGAAGGCAGUUCGCCAACCAGGUGACAGAGAGCUUCAGGGCCCAGGUGAACCACUGUGAGAAGAGACAGGGAGGAUCAUUAUCUCAUUCACAGGGAUCUCAGCAUGGCUCUGCUACUUCAAAGAAGGGCAGCUUUGGAACAUCAGAGACAGUUUCUCUGGAAAGAAUAUCAGCCUCCUGGAGAUGGGCCCUGCCUUUGCAGGCAACGGUGAGGGUCCUGAAGCCCCUUCGAUGGCGCUGGAAAUUGAUAGGGCAAGAAACAGCAUGA